CAAUGAGUCCUUGUUGGAAAAAUACAAAAAUGGGGUAUGGAGUAUAGUGGAACAUCCCAUCCUACAUAUAUAUGUAACGGAAUGUAACGCAAGUAGAUUUAUUAAUAACGCAACUUAAACAAGAAUUUUCACUCUUUAAAAUGAUUAUGAAAGCUCCUUCAAGCGAUUGGUGUGACCAAUUCGAACAAUAUGUAGUGGAAGACGAAUCUGAUAAUGAUUUAGAUGAUGAACAAGAUUUCUCUGAGUACUUAUGGAUGGAAAACGAAGAAGAGUUCGACAAAAUAGAAUUACAGCGUCUUGAAGAAGAGGAAUUGAUGAAAGAGCGCAUAGACGCCAUGUUGGAAGACGAAUUGGAAACACAACUAUGUGAGUGGCAGAAAGCCAGGAAUGAUAAACUGAAUGCGGCACUCUCUUCACUUUCAGUUACUAGUAGAAACACACUGGCCGUCAAUUCGUUGCUGAAUCCUUCGGCUGACGAGUUUAUUGCUCGCAGCCGUUUAUUUAUAGAUCUGGGAACAUAGUAAUUCGAUCUAGGUUUUCCUCUGUAUCUUCAGAGAAUGUCCUCUUCAAAACUCUAAAAUGAUUAUAUGACCUGCUUGUUGCCA